CAGAAACGCAACCUCGACCUGUGUCCGCAGCUUUGCGCCCCCUUCCAUAUAAAAUCCUUUCCUCCCCCCCCAAACAUCCCCCGUUGAUGACCUAGCUUGCCCAUACACUACAACUCGGCCCUCCACGUCGGUUGGCUCGACUCCCCACUCGUUACAGCCGCAACACCAUCGCCAUCGCCAUCGCCAUGAUUGUCCCGCUGUCCACCUUGGCCCUGGGGCUGCUCUCCGCCGCACCGCUGGCCCACGGGCUCUCCCCCUCUGAUAUCCCCGCCGAUAGACCCGUGUCGCAGCUGAUCAAAGACGCAAGCGUCAAGCUUGCCUCCGGAAAUACCCAAGAAGCCCUUACCUACUUCGACGUCGCCAUCUCGCGCGAUCCUCAAAACUACCUCACCUACUUCCGCCGUGGCGCCGCUUAUCUAUCCUUGGGGAAAGCCGCACAGGCAAAGAGCGAUUUUGAUAAGGUACUGGAGAUCAAGCCCGGUUUUGAGGGCGCAUUGGUACAGAGAGCGAAGAUUAGGGCGCGCGAGGCCGACUGGGCAGCGGCACGCAAAGACUACGAGGCCGCUGGCAAGACCGAAGAGAUAAGGGAACUCGAGGAAGCUCAGGGGGCAGCUGUGCUAGCCAAGGAAGCAGCAGAGAAGGGCGACUGGGACGCUUGCAUCACCCACGCCGGAGUGGCCAUCCUGGUCGCUGGUGCCGCUUAUGACAUCCGGAAAACAAGAGCAAAGUGUCGUUUCGAAAAGGGCGAUGUCGUAGAAGGCAUCGGCGAUCUGCAACACCUCUUGCAGAUCAACACGGGUGAUAUCGGUCCUUAUCUUCAGAGCUCCGCCAUGGCCUUUUACUCCUUGGGUGAAACGGACAAAGGCCUCAAGCACGUUGCACAAUGUCUGCAGUCAGAUCCGGAUUCCAAGAAAUGCAUGAAGCUGCGGAGACGUGAGAAGAACCUGGAUAAGCAGACCAAAAAGCUCAGACAGCUGUUUGAGAAGAAGCAAUACGUAGCCUCCGUCAAGAUGCUGGUCCCCAAGGGCGACCAGCCAGGCCUCUUGAAGGAGAUCAAAGAUGGCUUCGAGGAAUAUGUCAAAGAGGGUUAUAUCUAUCGAAACUCGCCGCAAGGUCUAUACUCAAGUUUUGUGGAGAUGGCGUGUGAAGCAUACAGUGAGAUGACCAAUAAGGUGGAAAAAGCAACUCCGUACUGCAAGGAAGCGCUACAAUACAACCCCAACUCGCUCUACGGCCUUCUCAACCAAGCCCAACGCGAACUGGACGCCGACGACUUCGAAGCCGCUAUUCGUACCCUCGACGCUGCAAAGGAGCACCACGGCCACACGAAUAAGGUACAAGAAAUGCUUCAGAAAGCACAUAGUCUUCUUAGGCGCUCCAAGCAGAAAGACUACUACAAGGUCCUCGGUGUUUCCCGUGACGCCGACGAGCGCGACAUCAAGAAAGCCUACCGCAAGCUCUCCAAGCUGUACCACCCAGACAAAGCCUCCGCGAACAAUCUCACCCCCGAAGAAGCCCAGAAGAAGAUGGCUGCCGUCAACGAGGCAUACGAGGUCCUCUCCGACCCGGAGCUCAAGCAGCGCUUCGACAACGGCGACGACCCGAACAACCCCCAGCAGCAGCAGAAUCCGUUCCAGGGCUCACCGUUCGGCGGGUUUGGCGGCCAAGGGCAGCAGUUCUUCUUCCAUCAGGGAGGAGGACAGGGUGGAGGAUUCAAGUUCCAGGGAUUCCCUGGUGGUGGAUUUGGCUUUUAGGAGAGCACCGGGAGAAAUGGCGUUCGGGAGGAUACAGAUGAAUAGUGCGCAGGUGCAUAGUGCAUGCAUUGCGGCUGCUUUGAGGUAUUCGUGUUUGUGGCAUUGCUUGGGCGUUCGUCAAGGUGGGUUUGUAUGAUAUCCUUUUUGCUUAAAUGGGAGGGGCGGUAGACUCUCAUUAGUAGAUGGUUCUGUGGUGUAUUGUCACAGUGAAUUGUUAUAUCUAUCAGCCAGUUAGGCGAAAAGCUCUCCUGCUUUUAAGGCUCAAUGUGAUGGUCCCGUUGACCAUUUGCAGACUCCGGCUGUCUAAUUCAACUUGUCAAGUC